AACGCCGAUCUACGGUCUGUUCAAGAGCUACGUCCAGUACCUGCUCGAGCCAGCGUACGAGUGGAUGGACGUGUUUGGGGCCGCCGCCGCCACGUCCCAGCGCCAGUCGGAGCGGCUCGAUGUGGUCAAGCACCAGGGACUGAUCGCGUCUUGGUCGUGCCGGUUUGACGUCGGUGACUGCGUCGACCGGUCGGUCGCACUGUUCGCCGACUGGAUGAACGUGGCGGACCCGGACCGCACCAACCCGGUGCCGCUCAACCUACGCCCAACCGUCUACUGUAAUGCGAUCCGGAGCGGACGGGAGACGCAGUGGAACUUCCUCUGGCAGCGCUACCUGCGCAGCAACGUCGGCUCGGAGAAGAUCAUGAUUAUCAGUGCGCUGGCAUGUACGCGCGAGGUCUGGCUGGUCGAGCGCUUCCUGCACUGGUCGCUUAACGGCACGUCCGGUGUGCGCAAGCAGGACACCACCAUCCUGUUCAGCGGUGUCGCACAGAACGACGUUGGCUUCCAUCUCGCCAAGAACUUCUUCAUCGAGCGGAUCGACGACAUCCACAGCUAUCUUAGCCCGGACACGUCGCGCCUCUCGCGGUACGUGAAGCCACUGGCCGAGCAGAUGGCGUCGCAGAAGGAGAUGCAGGAGCUGCGGGCACUGAUUGACGAGCGUGCCGGUCUGUUCGAGAAGGCGACACAGGGCGUCAAGCAGGCGCUUGAGCGCGUCGAGGUUAACGCGCGCUGGAAACGGCUCAACUACGCUCAAAUGAUGCGCUUCCUACCGCUGCUCAACCAACGCCGCUCUGCCCUCCCCGAUGUACUGCAGCUGAUCGACGACGACGACGACGACGACGUGGUGCAGGGCAACGUCCCGACGGCUAGGCCAGCCACCAGCGCACCCUAGCGGGUGUACUUAAACCGCUGACGCGCUUCAUUGCAUGUGUCCACCCUUUCGCGGCCGCUGUAGCGAAUCUGGGGCCAUUUCCUUGUGCCACCCAUUACAUUGUUAGACAUGUUACACAGCGAUCGAUGCAAGACGUGAUGGAAUAAAAUUGAUUAUG